AGAAAAUGGCGAGUCUGUGCAAGAAGCAGCAAUGCACGAUCGAGAGGCGAGGCUUUCGGCAGGAACUUGACUCGUGGCGGCACAAACUCAUUCAUUGUGUAGGUUUUGAGAGCAUUUUAGAAGGGUUGUUUGGGUCGGGGCUGCUGGAGGAUCUAACGUUAUUUAAAGACUGUGAGCCUGAAGGUGUGUCAGACUGGUCAUUUGAUGAGAACUGCCUGUUCUGCUGCUUAAGACGAGACAAAGUCAAGGAGCACUUAGUUGGCCUGAGCAACCAGGGGUUGGAGAGUGGGGCUAAACCCCUGCUGGUCAAAGACCAGAUUAAGAUCAACAGACUCGAGAAACAAGCUGAGGAAUUCCUCAGUGCAGUCCUCUACAAAAAAGAUGUCCCCAGCUUCUCAGACCUGCACAUUCCAGUAGUGGCUCGGGAGAUAAUGCAGAGGAUGAUCCGCCAGUUUGCUGCCGAAUAUACCUCAAAAAACAGCUCCUCUUCUCAGGACAUCCCCUCUGCCCCCAGCCCUGCUACCCAGGCCCACUCAGAUCAGAGCCUGCCACCUCCCCCCUCGCUGCCCCCUGCUGCCAGCCUUGGUGGUACUGCUACAUCCUCCGUACCCAGCCAGAACCCUGUCCUCUCCAAGCUGCUUAUGGCCGACCAGGACUCGCCUCUCGACCUCACUGUCAAAAAGCUUCCGCCACAGCCUGUAGAACAAGAUGGAGUCCUGGACCUGUCACUCAAAAAGGGAUGGGCCAGAAGCAGCAUGUCAUUGCACCACAGCCCUCUCCUUUCCCAGAUGUCCACUCUCAGAGGGCGUUCCCUGAGAGCUGACGGACAGGCCGGGCUGCCUAUGAGGAGCCUGCAGGAUGGGAGGAGGAGGGAGAAUUUCGGCCACUCCGCCCCUUUAAAGCCCACCUCGCCACUCGGUCAUGUGCCGCACAUCAAACAGGAAGUGAACCAGGAUUCCGACACCGAGUUGUCUCCCAACCAGAACUACACCUCCAGACCCUUCGACCACCUCUCUCUCUCUAGGUAUGGUUCUCCAUCCUGGGCCUCCAAGACCCACUUCGGGGCCCUCUUGAAGCUCCGGGCCAACAGCGGAGUCAGGGACCACCUCAAAGACCUACCGAGCCUGCUGGAGGCCGCGGGGCUCUUCAAGUCCCCCUCCUGUGGGAAGGCAAUCCUCCAGGCCCGACGAGACCAGGGGCUCUCCCUUUCUCACUCCCCGCCCGUCGACCUCAAAAUCCCCCAGGUGCGAGGCCUAGGAAGCCUGGGGGUGGACCUCUCCUGGGGCUCCCUGAGCUCUGAUUCCUACAGCCUCCCUAGCCCCCACUGUGAGAACAGCCUCGGGAAGAGGCUUAGGUCCAUCCUGCCCAAACACGGUCGCCGGGGAAGCAGUGGGGGUCUGGACGGUCCUGGAAGAGAUGGGGAGUACUGGGGUUCAUCUGAUGCAGACCGCCCUGCCUCUGGGGGGCAGUACCCUACCUCUGACCCUGAGGCAGACCUCUGCAACAAGCAGCCGAGGAAGAAGAGGGGAAGAUACCGUCAGUACAACACAGAGCUGCUAGAAGAAGCUAUAGAAGUGGUUAUGGGGGGGAAGAUGAGCGUGUCCAAGGCUCAGACCGUCUAUGGGAUCCCUCACAGCACUCUGGAGUAUAAAGUCAAGGAGCGCCUUGGCACCCUGAAACACCCGCCCAAGAAGAAGCUGAAGCUGAUGAGCCACAUGGAGGAACUGGAGGGUAUGGAGGCCCCAGAGGGAAAAGAAGCUCUGGAUGCACCCCUGGACCACCAGGAGACGCUGUGUGAGGGGAGACCGUCUGUGUCUGUGCCCAGAGAAAAUGGCAGGGAGCUGCUCGGCACAGGCCUCUCACCAGACAAGUGAUUUUAUUAGGAUCCCCAUUUUCUGCUGCCAAGGUACUUGUUGAUGACGCAGUACUUGUUGACGAUGAUGAGAUGGUUUUUACCCAGACCAGGUAAUCGUUUGCAUUUGUCAGACAGUGGCAGUGACUGAGUCUAUAUAGUACACAAAUAACCUGUUUUUGUAUGUUGAUUUUAUUCCAAAAGCACUUAUAUUUACUCUGCUCAAUCCUCUGAAUCAAUCUGACCUAUUCAUCUUAGGUCUUUAAUUGUUUUAAAAUAUUUAUAAAGCCUACUAUGUGGCGGCUGUUCAAGUCAAUCGGAAACUAGUGUCUCUCUUAACUCUCGAGCUUGCCCAUAACCCUAGACAUUGUUUAAAACACUCCGCAUUUGAAAUAUGUUUUGGUUGUUUUUAUGAUUGUGCUGCUCUUUUUAUACAGUAUUUUAACUGUUCAACCUAAAACUUUGCUUUAGAUACGGUGGCAAGUUAAUCCUAAGCAGUACCCCAGUUACUACAGCACUUAGACCAGCGGUCUCCAACCCAUGUCCUGGACAAGUACAGGAUGUAGGGGUCUUAUUCUAACCCAGCACUAAGAUACCUGGUUCAAUAUAAACAAGGCCUUGGUAAGUGAUUAGUUGUAUCGUGUGCCAAUGCUGGGCUGAAACAAAAGCCUGCACACCUUUAGCACCCAGGUUGGAGACACCAGAACAUGUAUUUGUUUGGGUCAUUAGCAUGAUGCAUGUUCAGCCCUCAACAUGUUAUUGGUUAUGUAGAAUCAAGGCUUGUUUGUUUUAAACUCCCUAUUAAUAUUUAAUAUAAAUAGGAAAUUAUUAUUUAUUAUUUUACUUUGUGAUCUUGAAGUUAAAUGCUGGUGGACAGACUCUCUUUCCCUGUCACUGUUUAGCAAAUGCACACCUGAGAUUGAAUAGACCAAACUGCAGCAAAAAGAAUAUGCGGUUGCAAGGAUGCAUGCAACCGUUGUCUACUACUGAAUAUCUUCAUGUACAUUUUGUAUGUUUGUUUGUUGGGAGAACACAUUCCCCUGUCCACAAUUUCACCACCUUCUUAGUUACCAACCAAACCUCAGAACUAAACUCUCCAAAAGCACGCCAGAUUACAACCACUCCGACAUGUCACAUUCUGCGGUUGUAGGAAGAAUGGAACAUUUUGUUACUUGUGUUCACUCGUAGCCUUCACCACAACUCAGGAUAAUGUUUGUGUGGGGCUGCAGUACUUGUCAGAAUGCAUAUCUCGAUCUUUAUCAAAACUGUAUAUACUAUGUUAGAUAUCUAUACACAAACAUACCUCUCUGAUAGAUAUAUAGCUUACUUAUUUCCAUGCCUCUUGUAUCAUCUGAAAAGGGGAAAUCUAGUUUGUACAUCCGCAAACAGACAUUUUUGGGACGUCUUACCAUUGACUGAUAUGUGCACCAACCUUUUCAGGUGUUCUCACAACCUACCUUUAACCGAUCUCCAUAUAAUUUAUUUACCAUUUGAGCCUUCUGGACAUUCUUUCAAUUUGAAUCUGAGCACAACAAACUUCAGGUAGUCUCGUUACAUCUAGGGAUGACUGUCCCUACUUAAUAGAAGGUAAAGACAAGGGACAGGUGGAAAUGUUCAUUCUUAAACUUUAAUUUUUUAUCUUCACUGUAUUCCAAAAAUGAAUGAUUUUAUUUAUCUUUUCCUGAUCAUAUGUUAGAUUGCAGCUUUUAUAGUACCUUAUUUCAAUGCAGUAAAUUGAUGCGUCUCAAACAGGUUUUCACCAUGUGGCACAUAACACUAAGGAAAUGAUGUGGAGAAGUGUACAAUAUGCAGAAGCAUAGAUGGUCCGUUGCUGUUUCAACAUCAUGAUGUUCUUAGAUGACAUCACAUAGUUCCACCGACGCCAUAUUUGUUCCUCCGUGGUAAUACCGACCAAUAACUGUUUAUGGAAAUUUCAGAAUUGUACACCAAGUUUACCUACCUAAUUCUAGAAUCGGAACUGGAAUCCAAAUGCUCAUCGUAAAUAGAAUGCUUGGGAGCAGCAGCAUGGUGUCUGGCUGGGAAUUUGUCCAAACUACUCUGAGUAUAUAUAUGUAUGCUACUACUCACCCUAUCAACAGUUAUACCUCAGUACAUUCCAGAAUGUUGGAUCAAGCCCCUAUGGUCCUUGUAUCAGGCUUAUAUUACAGUACUUUAUUACUGUCAUCAGACAGGUGUUAUUCGUACAGUUCUUGGAAAUCUUUAUAGAUAAAGACACAGAUGGUUUUCUAACUCUUAACCCAGUAAGUUCUUAUGCAGCAUUCUUGAGACUGGGCCAAAAUCCAAACGUGAGAUCCACACACAUUGCCAACAUUCAUGUAAAUCGUAAAUGCCUUAGAUGUAAAUGAGAUAUUUACACAAGCAUUUGAAUUACGUGUGUUUUAUCAAGUUGUAUUUCGGCCUACAGUGAACACAUAGGAAUAAUCUCUUUAUUAAGAGUUUAUAGCUAAAACUUCACUAUCACAUGAAAUGCAGAAAACAAGAACCUUCCUCAGGCAAGGCUGGCCAUACAGUGUCCUUUUCAGGUUUAAAAAAAUAAAAGGUUUAAAAAGGACAAUGUAGCAUUUCAGAAUCUCGGUGACAUGUCCUUUAGUCUUAUAGGUGGAUAUAAGGAUGGUGACCACUAAUUGGUGUGAAUUUAAUUCCUACUUUUAAAUGUACAUUGUAUAUAGAUGGGUGGGUUGAUUAGCAACAAAAAUUGAUGCGUGCGCAACCGUGGAGCAAAACUGUCAGGGUUGUUGAUAACAUGGGAACUACUUCCUCCCCCAAAUCUUUAUUGAAAACAUAAAUAAAUGUGUACAAUGAGCACUUGUCUCUCAAAUACGUUGUUAUAUGUUGGUUAGCUAACUGGCUAGUUUUUGCCAUAUUAGCAUAGACGUGAAGAGUCAAAACACCUCAAAACAAGACGUGGUAUCAAUAACAAGAUAGAACAAGCCACCUACAACUCUCCACACGGCAGCUUCUUGUUAUUGUUGCUAGCUAUCUGACCAUCCAGAAUCACAACAAACUGACUUCUGCCCCAUUGACGCACGUGCAUAGUUUUUGUGACGUCAGCUAACCCAUCUAUAUGCAGAAUCUUUUGAUGACCUUGCAAACUGACUGUGAUCAACAUGAAUAGCCAUAUAGUUAACCCACAAGUCCAGGCAUAUGCUUCACAGGAGUUACAAUGGAAUUUUUUUAAGUUAAUUUUUAUUGAAAUUGGUAAUCAGAAAUUAAUCAAAUUGGCAUCUUUUUUGUUUUGUUUUUGAGGGUGAGUCCAUUUAGUAGCGGACGGGUCACAAAGAAAAAAAGUAAAUGACUUUAAUCAGAGUAAACUAACAUUUUGAGUUGCAAGGCUUUUCUGGGUAACCAUGGAGCCUUGGUCCUAGGUAAUUGCCUGCCAUUUAAAAAAUACAUUGCCAUUUUAGGUCCAAAUACUGAUCCAAGAUUACACUAUUUGGAGAGAAACAAUUCCAGGUUUAGUUUUUCCAGCUCUGUUUUGUUAUUAGCAUUUUGCAUGCUAUCUGUUCUUGCAUGAUACAAAACAAGUGAGACUCGUGUUAAUACCACGUAACUGUGGUGUAUGUCUUUUAAUGUUGAAAUAACACAAAUCUACAGUAGCAAAUCUGUUGGUUUCUACUACCUCAUUUCUAGAAAAGGACUGACCCUCUUCUCAAAUGAAUAUAUAACUUUGAGGCAGUGGUGUACGGAUGUAGCAACAUCCCAGAAACACAAGCCAGGGAUAUGGGCAAAAGCGCUCUUGCAGUCCAGGUUGAUGUGCUUAAAUCUGCUAGAUAUUUGUUGACUUGCUGCUUUAGAUAUAUGCCAUAAUCAUGCUAUUGUUGUCAUCAGUUUAGUGAUUUGCCACCCAUGGCCUGUCGGGUCCAUUCAGCUACCGAAUAAUUGAUGUUUUGAGAUGACUUGAAAACAACUUGGCAAAGGUUGAAAUGAGCAAGAAUGUUCUUGGAUAAGGUGGUUCUAUGAGACUACUGAACAUGAAGAACUGUGAUUUUAAAUCCUUUUGUGAAUAAUUCAAGGUUCCGUAAAAGUUUUGUGCACCCUGCUUGACUCUAUGUUAAAGGUGAAGAAGUGUUAGAUGUACUGUGGUGAUUGGGUUUUGGAUGUUAGGUAAGUGUUUCUACUGAUGUUGUGUUUUUGAGUAUCUUGUAGCCAUUCUUCCCAAUUAGUCAGACAUUUGAUUUGAACCUACACACUUAACACAUAGAUGACACAAGAUUUGCAGACCCUUCAAGUCAAUGUGAAGAUUUAUCUUGACAUGAUAGAUGUUGUAGUUCUUUGACUCAUGCCAUAUUUUAGGAGAGAACGAUGCUUCUCCUAACUUAAAUAGCCCUGAAUGUAAACAGUUUUAACACUAAUUCUACCAAACUAUACUCAGAGACAGAUUUUACAGAUGCAUAUAUAAAACUAGUCGUGUGUGUGUGUAUACAUACAAAUAACUAUAUUGCUUAUUGGUACAUAGUAUAGUUAUAUUUAGCUCUUAUCACAGAUUCAGGGAAGUACAGCUGAGAUGUCAACUACUUUCUCAUUUUCCAUUCUGUUUUGACUGGAUGUUGACGAGGUUUACGUCUAUGGUUGCCAUAGUGAAAGCGGUCUUCAAAUAGGCCUUUGAUUAAAGACAGUGUGCUGAUGUGUACAUACAGUAUGUAUAUAGUAUACUGAAAAGGUGGGGUUUGAGGUUAUUGUAAAUGCUUUGUCUGCUUUUUCGAGUUUAUUUGAAUAGCAAUGGCACUCCUGAGCGCAGACUACUGUUCUGUAAUAUUUGAACGUAUAAAAGCUACUUCUAUUAAUGAAACUUAAAUACCUUUUUUAUAUUUAGGAAAGUGUAUGAAGGAAUUAGAUUUUGCAUGAUUGCCGGUAUGUGGAUUGAAGGCAGCACGUGUUGUAUUGUUGGCUAUGUGAAGUGGAAUUGGUUGAAUCCUGUAGCUGAAGGAUUCGUUGAAAACACGGAAGUGUAUGCAAGGCAAAUUUUUGUCACAGACAAACUUUGAGACUAGAAUUCUUAGUCAAAUCUGGCCAUGAUCUAUACAGUGGCCUACUUUAAGAUUUGUGUAACUAACUUAUAUAUAUAUACCAUGUGUUCUUAAUGUUUGCUAAAUCAUUUUUACUCACUAUGAAUUCUAAGGUAAAUAACACGGAUAUAUAUAUAUAUAUAUAAUGAAGUGUUUGAAAUAUCUGUCCCUUCUGUUGUUGCUGUCAUUGUCUCUUGCUCUAUUUCUGCUUGUCUCCCCCAUCCUUUUUCCUUUUUGUUGAGAAGACACGUGUGAAUUGUCAUUUACAUAUUCAUAUUAUUGUGGUCAGAUAUUAACUCCCCAAUUUUGAAAGAAAAGUGGAGAGAGACAUGGAAACCCUCAGGGACAAAACACACACCCCUCACUCCUUCAGGUACUGUCUAUACACUUAGGCAUAGCAGGGAUUUGAAGUCCUGUAAACAAAAUCCAACACACCAAAAAUGGGUCAGAGACUAGUUUAGGCUAAACCGUGGCUGUUUCAGUUUAGCUUAUUUAUUUUUUAAGUCGCAUGUGGAUUGUUUUUUGGCUUUUUGCACAAUUAUUCUUUGACUUAAGGUGGUCCUGUGUUUGAGCCAAAACAUCCAAUUUUAUCUCUGUGGUUUUUAUUUUUUAUCAUUUUAAAACGCAAUGAAUGUCUAUGUAAACUCAGUUCAGGUAAGAUGUUAGCCAAACAUGGUUUUUAAGCUGCAUUUAUGUCUCCAGCCCACAGUGCCUCAGACACCAUAGUUAUCACACUACGUUGAUAAUUAACUACUGUUUAACAGAAUACAUUUGGACCUACUCUCUGAGCAUCUGUGGAAAAUGUGAAACAUUGAAGAGAAGAAAAAAAUGCAUUCAAUCAUCCAUUUUGGUAGGCCUAAUUUAAAAACUGGUGUAGAUUGACACUGCGUUUUAGUCAAACAUCUUCUGAUUAACACAGUUAUUCUAAUGCAAGUGCAAUGUAUAAUUUAAAAAAAAAAUUGUGUGAUUUGUUGGGAAGAUUUAUUUUGUUGGAUGUUCUCUUUGAGCAAUCAUUUCUGUCUCUCUAAGCCCUUCUGAUUUAGAGCUCUGCUUGGUAGCCUAUAUGUUGCUACUUAUCUUUGGUUUGACAGCUCUACGGCUUUUACAUUAAGACUGUACUAUAUUGAGUCUGUAAUAGCAAGUUAUUCCUUUUAAAACUUUUGAAAACAGCCCUUUUUAGUCCUAUGCUGUGGUCUAUUUGGGAUGACUUGCAAUGCUGGGACAUUAUACUUCAAACAGAGGACGGAGGGACUUAUGAAAUGUUUUCUCUUUUAUAUAUAUAUAUAUAUAUAUAUUUUAUCUUAUUUCCAGACUUAGUGUCCUAUAAGCAAUUCAGUUUCUUUUUUUUGAAAUACCUAAUUCAGUAGUCAAGACAAAAACAUGAAAUAAAACUAUUUGUUUGGUUAAUGUGGUCAGAUGCUCAGAUAGCAGGUACACCUAAGUCUAACUAGACCUCAUUUCAGUAAUUGCCAUUUACAGUUUGGCAGACUCAAGACUUAAAUUUUUCUACUGUAAUUUAUGAAUGUUUUUUUCUUUUUGUAUUAUGUUAUUAGAACUUCUUGGCUAUGGUCAAUUGUCUUUCUAGUACAGAGGACUUAAUCAGUAAGUUAAUUUGAUUGCACAUGUACAUUUUCCAAUUUUGAAUGCAAUUUUGAUUUAAUAACUUGACUAAUAAAAUAUGCUAUGUAAUCUUUUAAGUGAAGUGGUUAUGAUCUUGAUUUUAUGUAUGUUGCAUUGAACCUGGGGCACUAAUGAUUAAUUGUCUUUGUGCAUGUGUAAGAAUUUACUCAAUGUAUCCUGUAAGGAAAAAACGCCAUUUUGAAAAAGAUCAGCUGUAACAGGUCAUUCACUGGAUGAAAUAAUCACUUUUCAAAAUCACCUAUUCUUCUAAUAAAUGUUAUU